GUAACUGAUGUACGAUAAAAAAGAGAUUCGAUCGAAAAUGAACUUUAACAUUUGUUUUUAACAAUUUCUUCACUGUUGUCUAUCACUUGUUCGAUACAACACUACGCUUUUGUUCAAUAUGUAUUCUGGACCUGGUUUAAACCUCACCGAAUCUAACCUCGCUUCAAAGUUACCAUCGUGUUGUUUAUACGUUGUGUCCCUACUUCAAGUUUGAGGGUUCACAUUUAUAUUUUUACAAUGUCGAUUUUAUGACGUAUUUAUUGAUAACUUGUACAUUGAAAUUUGCUGAAUACCUUGAUAUAUUCAAAUCUUCAUCGUGUUCACAGUAAUAUAACCAAUAACUGUAAUAUAAAGACUGCAAACAAAACUACACAAAAAAAUAAAGAAACUCCGUAUUGUGAUAUAUUUGAAAUACUUUAUUCGAAUAUGAAUAUAGAACAAUAUUAUGAUAAAAAAUCGGAUGGUUCUUAUGUUAUACAUUUUCCUAAUGACAAAGGAAUAUCGUUAAGGGAACUUGACCAAAUAUUUUCUGCUUAUGGUUUUGUUCUGUCUUUAGAUAAUCGUAGAAACACUCAUGGAUUGUGUUUUAUAAGAUAUGGAAAUUUAGAAGAGGUUAAACUUUGCAUCGAAGGUCUAAAAAAUCAUAAGUUCAUAAGAAUUUUACCACAUAAGAAUAAAAUACUUAAACAACAGCCAGCAAAGAAAACCAUACAUAAACAGAAUAAAGAGAGGAAUGAUCAAAAUCAUUCUGUAUGUGAGUCCAACAAACAAUUACAAUAUGGAAACGAACAUAAAUUUAGAAACAAAAUGGAACAUAAGGAAGGAAGCAGUACAACCGAUUCCUCUGAUAUUAGCAUUAGUUCGAUGAGAAGCAUUGUCAAUAGCAAAUGUUCCCACAAGUAUGCAUUAUCUCGGAAUCAUAAAGUUUCAAAGGGUGUUGAGUCGUAUGAAGAAGAUGAAAUUCCACAGCUGAUUUGUAACAAUCAAAAACAUACAACGUAUAAUAAUGAAGGUUUCUUGUCCAACAAUGAGACAACUAUACCUGCCCAAGAAGUAGUUGUUGCUAAUAUCCAUCCAAAUUUAGGAAUACAUUAUAUAUUACAUCUUUUUGAAAAAUAUAAUCCAAUAUCUGUGUCGCUUAUGUUGAUGAUACCAAAAACGAGCAUAAGAUAUUGCCAUGUUUAUUUCAAAUCAAACGAAGAAGCAUUAGCAACUGAGAAAGAAUUUGAUAGAAAAGUCCUGCUUGGAAAGAAUCUUAUCGUUUUAAGAGCACAAAAAUUACUAUUGGAGUCUCUUGUAAUGUAAUGUUGUAAUGCUGUAAUGCUUAAUGUAAACUAUGUUUCUAUAGUAUACAGUAGCACCGUUUUAAUUAUCUCUAUAUUCUGUAACAUAUAUGUUUUAAGAAUUUGUAAUACUCGUAAGAAAUACUUGUAAGAAUUAUUGUUAAAUAACAUAUUAGGGAUACUCUGUAAUAGUGGUAUCCGUCGAGAAAAUUGAUAAUUAAAACAUUUUUAACGUCUAUUUAUAAUUAAAGUUUAGCCGUUAACUACGUAUGAAUAAUAUGAAAUAAUAAAAAUGACCUUUGUAACA